AAUUAGGGUUUAUGGCUGGUGGUGACUUUCUGGAGGUUUCAUUUCCAGCUUGAAGAUGGUGCUCUCCAACAAGAAGCUCAAGCAGAAGCUUCGUCAAGACUUGGUCAAAAAUCUAUCGGUGUCUGUAGCCGAGACAAACCCAGAAUCCGUCCCGAGCUUGCAAUCUCAAUCACUGAAAAAUCUCCUCGACUCAGCCAGCCACAAACCUAGAUUGACAAAGAGAGAGAAACGAAGAAAGGUCGAUAGUUUGACAAGAGGAGACGAACCCAAUGAAGUGGAAGGUGAUGCUGAGAAACCUGAUGAAGAGAAUCCAAAGAAGAGGAAGAGAGACGAUACUGUGGAAGACAAAGUAGGUGAAGAAGGAGAAGGAGAGGAAGGUAUUAAGAAAGGGGAGGAGCCCCAGAAAAAGAAGAAGAAACAGAAGAAGAAGAAGAAGAAAAGAAAGGCUAACAAAAUUCCAAAGAAGGGUGAUGAAGACAAGGUAGAAGACAAGGUUAAGGCAGAAGAGACUCAAGUUGAGACAGAGAGUAAAGAAGAAGAAGAAGAUGGGAUUGUUCCUAAGAAGUUAUACGUUGGUGGUAUUCCUUAUCAGAGCACAGAGGAUGAGAUUCGUGGCUACUUCAGAAGCUGUGGUGUCAUCACUAAAGUUGACUGCAAGAUGCGCCCUGAAGAUGGAGCUUUCACUGGCAUUGCUUUCAUCACCUUCGAAACUGAAGAUGGUGCUAAUCGUGCGUUGGCGUUUGAUAGAGCUGCAAUGGGUGAUCGAUAUUUAACAAUCCAACAAUACGUGAAAACGACACCUUCCGUUCCAAGAACAAGGACAUCUUCUGGCUUCGUUCCAGAGAUGGUUGAGGGUUAUCACAGGGUGUACAUUGGGAACUUAGCCUGGGACACAACGGAGCGUGACAUACGCAAACUCUUCUCUGACUGCGUAAUCAACACAGUGCGGUUGGGCAAAAACAAAGAGACAGGAGACUUCAAAGGGUACGCGCAUGUGGAUUUCAAGGAUAGUGUCUCUGUGGCAAUGGCGCUUAAGCUGGAUCAGCAGGUUAUCUGCGGAAGACCUGUCAAGAUUUGCUGUGCUCUUAAAGAGAGACCAGUGGGGGAUCAUGGUACUAUUCCUGCACCUGGCGAAACGAACAAUGUUGAUGAGACUGAUGCAGCUGCUGAUGACGGGAGCUACUUUGCAAACACGAUGAGCAGCGGUAAGAUCAAAAGGAGAAGCUGUUAUGAAUGUGGAGAAAAGGGUCAUCUAUCUACCGCAUGUCCCAAGAAGCUUCAGGAUGCUCAAGAUCAGGCAUACGCAAAACCAGCUAUGCCAAGCUAUGAUUAUCAAAAGAGCAGUGGUGGUUCUUACAUGGAUGAGAGAUACACUGCUGCAAAUGAAGCUUAUGAAGGUGGAAGCUUAGCAUCUGAGGUUAGCACUGGUAAGGUCAAAAGGAGGACUUGUUACGAGUGUGGAGAAAAGGGUCAUCUUUCUACAGCAUGUCCCAAGAAGCUUCAAGAUGCUCAUAAUCAGGCAAACGCAAAGGUGGAUCAAGAGACUGUUAACGCAAGACCGGCUAUGUUUAGCUAUGAUUAUCAUCAAAAGAACAAUGGUGGUGGUGGCUCUUACAUGAAUGAGACAUACACUGUUACAAAUGAAGCGCCUAGUGGAAGCUUACCAUCUGAGGUUAGCAUUGGUAAGAUCAAAAGGAGGAGCUGUUACGAGUGUGGAGAGAAGGGCCAUCUUUCCACAGCUUGUCCAAAGAAGCUUCAAAACACUACUGAUCACAGAAACUCAAAGGCGGAUCACCAGACUGCUGAGGCAGGACCUCUUCAGGUAACGAGCUAUAAUCUUCAAAAGGAAUCAGGAGAUACUGACAACAAAGGCCAGACAUAUACGGCUGAGCCGGUAUCCGUUGCUGCCAUUGUUGGAACUAAUGAGGGAGGCUCAGCGUCGUCUAAGGUUAGCGCUGGUAAGAUGAAAAGGAGGAUAUGUCAUGAGUGUGGAAUAAAGGGUCAUCUUUCUUCAGCAUGUCCUAAGAAGCAGCAAAAAUAGAGGGUGAAUCCACAAGAAGCCCCUACAGAGAGACAGCUUAAACAUUGUAACGUUUUUUUCUUUCUUUUAAUUUUACAUUUGAAAGGGAUCUUGCAAGGACUCAGGCCACUUGGUACUUUUUGGUAGGAGAGUGGAGUUUUGGUUCUCUUUUUAAAAUCUCUUAUAAGAUCUUUUUGGUUUGUCGGUAGAAAAAGUUAUAAGAUUUCUUGUGUAUUGUUUUAUUAUGGAAUUUUACUUUUUAAUAAAUUUAUCGUAGUUUUUUCACACUA